AUGUCCAGUAUCGUCCGGGGGUAUCGGAACACAGUGGCUGACACACUAUCUAGGCAGCCAUUUGCAGGGGAGCCUGAGCCAGCCUCAGAGGAUGCAGAGUACGAUGGAUGUGUGGCCGUCUGCGGUUGGAUUCACAGAGGUUCCGACCUGGAUUCAGCACUUGUGGCUGCUGGGAUGCACAGCUGUCAAGUGAGGCAAAUGCGGGCUGUAGUGCCAAACUCCCUGAAUGAUGGUAAUGGAUUGGGUCAAGGAAAUACACCCACCUUUCCAGGUUAUUCAAAUGAUGAAUUGAUCCGCUUUCAACUGCAAGACCCUGUGAUUGGCGGAUUCAGGAAGUUUUGGGAUCAAAAGAGAAGACCCUAUGGUAAAGAACUAAAAGCUCUACCAAAACCUGUUCGGUCAAUGCUGAAGCACUGGAACAGCAUGAAGGAGCGCCAGGGUCUAUUGUACCGUGUCUUUGAGGAUGUGAGACACGGGGAAUGUUAUCAGCUCUUGUUACCUCUCAAUUUGAAGAAGCCUGUUCUGGAGUAUGUGCAUGAUUCUAUGGGACACCAAGGUAUCGAGCGCACCCUCCACUUGCUGAGGCGACGGUGUUUUUGGGUAGGAAUGCACCACGAUGUGGACAAAUGGAUUAAAGAUUGUCAACGUUGUGUGAUGACCAAGAUGCCGCAGCCGAGGGUCCACCCUCCCAUGAAAUCGUUCUUGGCUUCUGGACCGCUUGAGGUGAUUGCUGUGGAUUUUACGGUGUUGGAACCCGCAACCAAUGGUCAAGAGAAUGUUCUGGUAGUCACUGACAUCUUUACGAAGUUCACUCAGGCCUUCCCCACCCGAGAUCAAAAAGCAGAUACCACAGCCAAGGUGCUGCUUCGGGAAUGGUUUAUGAAGUAUGGUAUUCCUGCACGUCUGCAUUCCGAUCAGGGGCGUAAUUUUGAGAGCGAGGUUGUGGCUGAACUUUGUAAGCUCUAUGGGGUGAAAAAGAGCCGCACCACACCAUAUCACCCCACUGGCAACGCUCAGUGUGAGCGGUUCAACAGGACGCUACAUGACCUGUUGAGAACACUGCCACCUGAAAAGAAACGACGGUGGCCUGAAUACUUACCAGAGUUGGUUUUUGCGUACAAUGCAACGCCUCACGCGACUACUGGAUAUUCUCCAUAUUAUUUAUUGUUUGGGGUUGAUCCUUACCUGCCUGUGGAUGCCCUUCUAGGACAAGAGCGAGUUUUUGACCAGAAACACGACUGGCUGUUGGUUCACCAAAGGCGUCUGAAUGAUGCUCAUGCCAGGGCAAGAGAAUAUUCUGAACAGAAGGCUGCUGAGCGCAUUUCCUUGCAAAAGGAUAGAGUCUAUUGCCCAAAGAUCGAGGUCGGAGCACUCGUGUACCUGAGGAGCAGACCAGUAGGCCGUCACAAGAUCCAGGAUGCCUGGGGGCCAAUCGUAUAUCAAGUAGUAGGAAUCGUGGACAACACCUACACAGUGGAGCCGUUGGAAGGAGGGCCGACAAAGAGAGUUAACAGAGUAGACAUCAGGUCCUGUGUGAGUCCGCCUAUUCCCGCCCCUAGGAGACUGCCUAAGGUGCGGGAGGAGAUGUCUGAGUCCCUUAGUGAAGUGGAGUCUGAGGAGUCAGAGGAGGGUGUCGUUUUGAGGGAGGAGAGGUCUCUUACGCCUACAGUAAGAGGUCUUAGUACCCAGUCCGUUGACCAACAAGAGCCUGCUGAGGCCUUGGAGACUGCGGAAAGGCUGGAUGCAGCUACUAGUGUGUUAACUCUCCCUGUUGCGGCACCACGCAGAUGUAGUAGGAGGUCAAAUGCUGGACGGCAUUCAAAUGUGCACCAUGAGCCAAAGUCUGUCUUAGAUUGUACGUCUAUAAGUCCGGCAGCAGUUUCACAGAUAUUGGCUGAUUUGAGUUCCGUUCUGUUCCGGGAAGCAGUUAAGGAGGUUAAGAAUACUCUGACCUUUAAUGAGUAAUCGAGGCCGCUUACUCUCAUGCAGGGGAGAAUGUAACCAGGUGUUGGGUAGGGUCCUUUAUGCUUUUAAUUUGAAUAAGAGACAUAUCUGUAGAAUAUGUACUAUAUGUAUUGAAGGGUCCUUUAAGAGGCAUCGGGUGACGUCAUUGCGUAUGCGCAUGAACAAAUGAUCAUGAACGCGCGAUGAGGAAGUCGCAGAGUUAGGCUGCACAUGUGUGUAUGACUGCUGUUCGAGUCUAAUUUGUCAUCAUUCAGGGAGUUGGAUGUUUACGCAGGAUUGCGUGAAUGUGUGAGUGUGGCUGAGCUGACGCGCCGCAUGUACAGACGAGGCCUGUUUGCGUUGAAGUGAUUUAACAGUGUGUAACGUGAGAAACACGGGAGAAAUUUUUCUGUCCCAUCAGAGUGGCAAGGGUUCUCAGAGUACAGUCCUGAUGGACGGCCCACUGGCGAAGCAAAGCCUUACAGUGUCAGCCAUGUCUUAAGACAGAGAGUAUAUAAGAAAGUUAUAGAAAGAAAUGAAUUGGAGUAAUAUCUAGAGCUGUUCAUGAAUUCAUCACCAUCAAGGGAGGAACAACUAAAUGAAUGUGAACUUUCUUUAAACUGUCCUAAAACUUUGAUUUUCUAUAAGAUGUGUAUGAUUCAAUCAGAAUUAUGUGUAUAAUUCAAGAAUUGUAUUACUUAAAAUAAAUAAAAACUAACAUUUUUAGUUUAACACAAGAGAACUUUCCAAAUGAUGCCUCUUUUAUUAAUUCUCUUUGCUCUAUUAAUGUUCUAAUAUUGAAACAUACAGUUGUAAUUGUUCCAUUAAACUUAAAACUUUGUGAGUGACCUUAACCUGCACAACCAUCCGGUCUUCGUCCAACCUUCAAUUCUGCCAUAAAUAAUUGUUCAUCUGUUAACUUGCAUGUAUAAAAUGAACUCGCACUGCAAAAUCUACAAUAAAAUGGUACUGUUUAGUCAAGUGAAUAUGUAUCCAAUACAGAACAUUACAUACAGGCUUAAAACUACCUUUCAUUUCUUUUCAUUUUUUUCAGGAUGACAUUAAUUUGGGGUAAUUGUGGUAUUAAGAUAGGGCUUAUUAAAAAGAACCACUUUAGAAAAGGGUGUAUAAUGUCUUGUUCAUUUCAAUCACAUUUGACAUUUCAUAACAUCUCAAGUGUUCUAUAAACAUAAACCUCCAUUUUGAUUGGAUCAGUCAGUGUGAGUCCACUUUGAAACAUUUUCAUUCAAAUCUAUUCCCCCAAUUAAGAAAAACAAUGUGUUUAAUAGGGGCCUUUAGCCCCUGCAACAGGAGGGCUUUUUACCACAAAUACUAUCAAUGUCAACUUUCAAUGAAAAUUACAAGUAUUUUGUUUAAACAUAAAUGUAAUAAUUUUCAGGAUAUUCACUAGCUACAUAAAUUUGCAACAUUUUAAAAAUUAUUAAAUAUUAGAUCAAAUUGCCUCAAAAUCAACCUUUAGACCUUAAAUGCAAUGAUCUCAUGGAAGAGGAAGAUAGUGCAGUGCUUAGUGACAAACAGGUGUUUAGGAAAGGUAGUUUUUGGUUCUAUUUAGUGUUUUGGGAAAACAUUUUUUUAAAAGAGCCUUUUACCCCACUAAGCCUUUAGCCUCGUUGUACCCUAUUAUUUAUUGCACAACUUAUGAAUUCUAAACAUGACUGAUAAAACUAGUGUUUGUGCCUUGCUUGGUAUAGCUUUCAACAAUCCAAACAUACUCUGUCUGUGACCUCUUCUCUUAAUUUAAAAGUUGUUCUUUUAAUCAGGAUAACAUUAUUACAUAUGGCAACAUCUUCAAAAUGUACUCUUAACACAUGAAUGUAUGACAUGGAGACACAAUUCAAGUACAAGACCGGCAUAAAUCCACUUGGUGGACAGCUUCAAUCACUCAUUAUUAAGAUGUUAAAUUAAAUGCUUAUACAAUUCAUGAAAAAAAAAUAUAUA